GUAAAAUGCUGUCUGACGUGUUUCAUAACAAUUGUUAGGCCUGAUUCUGACUACGGAUUACUGUGUUUACCUGAUCAAGAUAUAGGACUCACGGUGGAUGUGACCGGUCGACAGGAGAUGCUUAUUCCUCCUAUGCACCUGAUCCCACCUCUGGUAUAUCGAGGGGACUGUGCUUGCCCAGCUCUCUAUUUUUAUUCCUUAUAGGAGUCCUGAGAUUGAUCACUGUUCGUUAUCAUCACAUUUUGAUAUAAUUUUCCCUGGAUACUUCAUACAGAUGUCUGGAGCUAAAAGUGCAAUGUAUAUUCUAUAUAAUCUUACCCUUGUUUCUCACAGUCUUUUUUAAUAUAAAGAAAAUCCUGGUUAAGAGGCUUAAAGUCAAUAACAUAUUCAAAAGAGAAGGACAUAAUAGUGAUCACGACAAAGUGAGUAAUUGAAGACUACAAACGAUGAUACAGGGUGACGUUCAAUCAGCUAGAUAGAAUAAACAGACGUGAGAAUAGCUGCUUCGAAGGAAUUGGCAAGUCGACAAUAUCGGCAUCACCAGAAUGAAGGGGUGCUCAUUCCACCAGAAGGAGCUGUAUUCCCGGUGGUCCCCCCAGAAACAACAGCUAUGUUACCAGACAUGUUAAGACUUCCUUUCCUACAGUUCAAUUAUCCUUUCAGUUAUAAUCCACCAGCAACUUUCACUCAUUUUAUACAUGCAUGUAUCUAUUUUAUCUUUUACAUGUCUGCCUACACAUCUCUCAACUGAUUCGAUACGAAAGAACUUGUUCUGCGUAUGGUCAGUUAUUAAAUCGAAGCAGGCUAAUAACAAACAAGUUGAUGGUGCAGGGGUUCCAACAGUCUCGUUUAAAUCAGCAUUUCGCAAAUUAUUUGGUCGUUAUAACGAUCUAGUCUACCAAUACAACCUAUCAUUGGGUUAGGGUUAGGGUUAGUUAGCAUGACGUGUUUCAGGGCGAUUGUUUGGCCGUGUAUGGCAUACUGAUUUUGACCACAGAUAACUCCACUGUUCGCUAUCUUCACCUUUUCAUCUUAAAAUCCAGAGGGCACAAUUACCUUCGCCUUUCAUACACGCACACUGUAUAAAUUGUAUGAACUGUAUGGAACAUAAAUAUGGAGAGGAUGGAUCCAUUUACAAUAUACUACCCACUCAUUUGUCCGCUGAAUAGUUUGCUUAGAUUAAACCAAGUAUGCUCAUACAUUUGUAUUACUUUUUUGGGGACCACUAAGGUUUUACGGAAGGGGACCUGGAUUUCCUAUUUUUGCUUUUCCGCAAUGAAAUGAUCUUGUGUUCACAUGAUGUACCUGCUGUUCUGAACAACUUACAACCUCAUAUGAAUGAAUGAUCUUCUAGAUUAACGUCAAUUUUCAAGAUGUGCGUCAUAAGGUCAAGUGUCGACCUAUUUUUAAUAAUUGGGAACAAUCCAAACAACAAUACACUUUAUAAAAUCCGAACGAGGAAGUAUAUCACUUAUCUAUGAAAAUGGCGAGCAGUAACAGCGGCGAUGUAAGCCUGAAGAUGAAUGAUAUUCGAAAUGAAACUUCGGAGGAAGGCCAAGAUACCACACCAAAUGAGAGACCGACAAGUUUACGUAUGACCUCACAGUCUAGAGAUGUUGUUGAUUUCAGACAACCACUUCCAUCUCAAGACGAAAUCGAUGGACCACAACAAAAAUCGUCCUCUAGAAAUCCGUUCGCUGACAGACAGAACUUCGUCCGACAAUUAUGUGACGCCUCCUUGUUGGCUGCCAAUGUUUCACAACUCCGUGCCGUGUUGGACAGAAGUUCGACCGAAAACAUUUACUUUUGGCCACUGAUUGUUAUGAUCAGUUUGUCAAUUCUCUUGCACAUCGGAUUUGGAAUUCUAAUGAUUCAGAGAUGGAGAAAAGAAAGGGAGGCAGAAAUGGAACACAGAAGAAAUAGCACUUCAGUUGCAGGCACACCUAUUUCUAACGCAAGCAUCUUAACAAAAGAAGCAAAAGGAACUCUGUGUUUUUGUUCGCCAUGUUUAAGCGUAGAAAAAUGCGAUGAAAUCAGCAUGUAUGUCAUGCUUUUUAUUGUCAUUUUGAACGUUGGUGUUGCAGGACUGGGUUUAUCGGGACCAACAAAAGUUAAUGAUGGGUAGAAAUUAAUCGUGUUAACGUUUUACUAGGAAAUUAGCGGUCCUUACAUCACAUUGACACGACUUGCAUAUACAUAUACCAUUUAAUUUGGUGGGGUGGUGACUUUGUCGAAAGGAUUGGAAUUUCUAAAAUUUAUUACAUUAAAUCAAUAUUUUAGGUUUUUGAAAAUCGUCAAAUUUACAACUGUUAUUUUUCCGUAUAUCUUAAAUUUGUAAACAGUUUACACAACCCCAAAAUAUCCGCUCAUUUACUUGAUGUGUUUGUAAAUUUGAUAAUUGUGAAGAAUAUCUUAAUUCAUUUCAUGUGGAAAAAAAACCCAAUACAUAACAUCAUCUGUGUGACUAUUAUUCACAAAUAUAUCAAUCAAUAAACAUUCAUGUUCCGGUCACAGUAACUCAGUGCUAGAGCUUUCGCUUCAUAACCGGAAUGUCCUGAGUUUGAGCCCCACUCGAGCUAUGUAAAGUCAAACGGCAUUAAUAUAGUUAUAAUGAUUGCUCCUUCGCCAAAACUCAAUGUUUAAAAAGUCUCAGUCACGUGUGUUUCAAAUAUGACCAUAAAAAUGAGUUGAAGUCCCGUGUUUCAGGCGUUGGCAUGAUAAAGAACCCUCACUCCUAAAGCCCUGAGCGCUAAGCAUAGAUCUAAAUUUGUAGCACAUCACCUAUAACUGGCGACAUCUCUAUAUGAUGAACAAAUCUCGAGAGAAUGGGAAACAAGCAAUCAAUCAACAAUAAGUUAAAAUCCCUUCAAUGUUGUCUUGUAAUCCUGUGUUUUAUCAGUAUUUAAAACACCCUAUAUUUGUUUCACGAAACCUUUAACAAUCUACAUGAGUGAAUAACUUUAUGUGUUAUCUAUCAAUUCAAUAAACAAAUAUCUAUGUUG